AUGAAGCUUCGUUUGAUUGUAGCCGCACACUGUCUUAUUGUCCUCGGCAUGCUGACUCGUCGAGGCGAAGCAUCACCCACUUUCCGGGUUGGGCAAGGGUUCGGGAGCAGAUUUACUGAGCCUCAUCUCGUGGAAGAGGGUAGGGAGAACGUAGGCAAAGGAAUGAUCAGCGAAGUGGCUGAGGCCCCGGGCUGCUCAGUAGAGAAAACAGGCGACGUGGACGUUGCGACUGAUCCUACAGAUGUUUUAACUGUUGUACCUAUGACCGUUGCUAUUUCUAAAAGGCACAUGAUUAUAUAUUACAAGGGGCGAGCUGCCAUGCCCGUGAUGAGGAUACCGUUAGUAGAAAUAAAAACACCCGUAACCACGUUAGCACGGAGCAGAAGAUGCUUUAGGCUCUUUCAUGGCGUCAAGCCACUUGUAUUCUGUGCGGACGACACAACAGCGAGAGACGAAUGGAUUGCAAACAUAUAUAAAGCUGUGUUCUGUAUCAACUCCGGCAAGACCCUUACAGCGGCCCCAAAGAGAGCAGUGUCAGAGACGAAGGAGUCGGUCUCCUUGCCCGCAAGAAGCACCAAAGUCCAGAGAUGGAUCAAAGAGAUAGCUCGGCAAGAGGCUGAAGCUCUCAAAGAAGUCCAGGAUAGUGAAUCGAUGGAACGGAAAAAGAAAAAUGUUGUCGAAGAAGUAGAGAUCGUUGGAGGCCCAGCAGGGACCCCACCGAAGGUUACAGUCAACGGAGACGAACUAACACUCCCACGCUCGGUCAAAGGGGAACAGUUGAUGAAUGGAAACAACCAGGAGUUUUAA